AUGAAAAUCAAAACACUCAGCAGGCUGGCCGACAGCUACGUGCCUGCACGUAACACACAGGAGCUGGCGAUGCCCCGUAACUUGAAUCCAGCGCUUCAUCCGUUCGAGCGGGCCAGAGAAUACACUAGAGCAGUCACUGCCACCAAACUAGAGAGAAUGUUUGCCCAGCCGUUUGUGGGCCAGUUGGGCGACGGCCACAGAGAUGGAGUUUACUGUCUUGCAAGAAACUACAAAACCACCAACCAGGUUGCCAGUGGUUCCGGCGACGGUGUGGUGAAAUACUGGAACAUGACACUGAGAGAAGAGCUGGUGAGCUUCAAGGCCCACGAAGGUAUGGUCACGGGUUUGAGUGUGACGCCUCGUAGGGGUUUGCUUUCGUGUGGUGACGACACGUUCAUCAGGUUGUGGUCGCUUGAGAGCAGCGACUUCCCGGAAGAAACAGGAGAUCUUGAGGUGUUCAAGCCUGAGGGCUACAAGCAGCUGACCAACGCCUUGAUCAAGACUUUUGCGGGUGACCACGCAUUCAAGGGUCUCGACCACCACGCUGACGAGGACAUUUUCGUGACCGGUGGCGCCAAAAUCAAUCUCUGGGACAUGAGCAGAACCCGCCCUACUCUGAACCUCACGUGGGGUGCUGACAACGUCAACAGCGUCAAGUUCAACCGCACGGAGACGAAUGUGUUGGCGUCAGCAGGCCUGGACAACUCCAUCGUGCUCUACGACAUCAGAAGCAACACCGCUGUGCAGAAAGUCGUCACCAACAUGAGAGCCAAUGCGCUUUCGUGGAACCCCAUGGAGGCCUUCAACUUUGCCUCUGCCCAUGACGAUCACAACUGUUACUUGUGGGACAUGAGACGCAUGGACUCGUCGCUCAACGUGUACAAGGACCAUGUCAGUGCUGUGAUGGACCUUGAUUUCUCGCCCACGGGUCAGGAUCUCGUCACCGGCUCGUACGAUAAAACGAUUCGUAUUUACCGCCCACGGGACGGCCACUCGCGUGAAAUCUACCACACCAAGCGUAUGCAGCGUAUUUUCAGCGUGUGCUUCACCACCGACCUGCGGUACAUUUUGAGUGGGUCGGACGAUACCAACAUCCGUUUGUGGAGAGCCAACGCCUCGGACCGUCUGGAUGUCAAGUCGCUGAAGGAGCGUUCCAAGAGAAACUACGACGAGAAGUUGAAGGAGAGGUACAAGUACAUGCCCGAGGUGCGCCGUAUUGCUCGUCACAGACACUUGCCCAAGGUUGUGAAGAAGGCGCAGGAGAUCAAGCGUGUGGAGGUGGAGUCCUUGAAGCGCAGAGAGGACAACGACCGCAGACACUCGAAGGAGGGUUCCAAGCCCCGUGUGCCCGAGAGAAAGAAGCACAUCCGCGGCACUGCCAUCAAGGAGUAG